AUGGCUGACAGUGACCACAGCCAGGAGCCCGUGAUGAGGAGGGACAGCCACACCAGGGAGAUCAAGGGUGUGGUCAAGGAGCGGAUUUUCCACUUUGAGGACGUGAUCGCAGAGCCAGCUGUCCUACACAGUGUGGACGGGGUGUGGAAAGCCAGCUGCACCACCUCACUGCUGUUAUCGCUCCUGUUUGCUUGUGUGUCAUUCUGCCACAUCUGGGCAGUCGUGCCCGGCGUUAAGAGCCGACUGGUUGAGAGCCAGUGCCUGGGUCGAAUCCACUCGCUGGUCAUACACACCUCCAUUGGCUCGCUGUGA